CGUAGUCCGGCCCUGUCGGCCAGGGCCAGCCUCGAUCCCACUUCCCCAGCCAGGUCAACCAACGUCAACCUGGAACGGCGACUUCGAAAGCGGUCAACCAACAGAAUGUGGUGGUAUACAGGUGUUUUUUCACGUUAGUCCGUAGUAGUUUCACAGGUAUUUUCAGCCCGCAGUGUUAAUGGCUUGGAACUCACACAUGCUCCCAAUAAUCUUUCGUUUAUGAUCAUGGCAAAUGCUGCUACUGAAACUGAGGCUGAUUCUGGUAGUAGUAUAAUACCUUUAGUAAUUAGAAUCGAAAAACAAGAAGAUGAUGUUGAAGACAGGGUGACUGGCUCCAUUCCCCCAUUCGAAUCCACAGAAAAAUUGCCCACCUUAAAACAUCCCAUUUACGAAAAAAACUCUUAUCCCCUCAUAAAGGGCAGGCACCCAAACAGUGAUCCUCUAGACAGAUUUAAGGGUGCCACAAAUAUCUACCUGUGCAAGGAAUAAACAGGUACCCUAUUCCCAAUGGGACAGUCCAUUUCACCAAAAAAAGGUCAAUCCUAAUUAUACUGCCAGACAAUAAUCUUGGGAGAUCUUUAAAGCAAACACAUUUUUCGAAAUCAUUUAGUUGUGCUUGUACCUCUCCAGGGUAAACUAGUUGCUAUGAUAAGGGUGUUUUCAUUUUAAUUGUUUACGUUAUCACUCAUCGGCAAAUGAUAAGAAUGACCUUACAAGAAAUCUUAAAGGAUAGACUUUUGAAGGGCAAUAGUGCAAGUGUUCACAAGUGUACGAGAUGCGAUUUUGAGGGUUCGACAGCUUCGUCUCUCACGAAUCACAUUACGAUUUCUCAUCCGCCAGCUACGAACGAGACUGAAAUGGAGGUGGCUGAAAAUAAUAAUCCCCCUGCUGACAGGGUACACAGAAAAAUGUUCGAAUGCGACGUCUGCAACAUGAAAUUCUCUAACGGGGCGAACAUGCGAAGACACAAAAUGCGCCACACCGGCGUGAAACCGUACGAGUGCCGUGUGUGCCAAAAGCGAUUCUUCAGAAAGGACCAUCUGGCCGAACAUUUCACCACGCACACCAAAACGUUACCGUACCACUGUCCGAUUUGUAACAGAGGGUUCCAACGGCAGAUCGCGAUGCGCGCCCAUUUCCAAAACGAACACGUAGGGCAACACGAUUUGGUGAAAUUGUGCCCGUUGUGCAACUAUCGGGCGGGCAGCAUGAAGAGUUUGAGGAUACACUUUUUCAAUAGACACGGGAUAGAUUUGGACAACCCGGGAGCACCUGGAACUCAGUCACAACUAAUUGCAGCGGCCGCCCAACAGGGUUUCAACCCCGUAGAGGGCGCUCUAAGCUCUCUUAACCAGCUCAGUACCAAUUUGUCCGUCAGCGUGACGUCUGGCAGCGCCGCUAACUAUAGCGACUCUGGUGAUUCUACCGGCAAUAGGAGUACGGACAACGCAACCCCUCCGAUGCAUUUCUUGACUCCGCACGUGGAGAUUUCAAUGGCCGACGCGCCUACCUCUGUAUAUUCACCUGCACUGGAACCACCACAAAGAAUAAGUCAGUCCUCCCAAGGCGAACCAACGAGGCUGGUAAACGGAGACAGUCCGAACUCACCGCAAUCGGCCGACUCGAACUCGAACGCGCCCUCGAGCAGUCACAUACAGCCGACUUCGUUGCGGAUGGAGCAGGAAACGAAUAUCACGCCCUCUAUAUCGUUAAUACCGAUAAAACAGGAACCGGGAACCGAGGAUUAUAACAGCGACAGCUCGAAGAAAAACGGCGCGACCAAUCCGAGUUCUGACGGUGCUGAUAGCGUUACGAUACAGAACGCUACCAGUAGUUUAAGUUCGUUGAUUAAGGUUUCCCCUCUGAAAAGCCUGCUAAGAGAUGACCUGAAAAGAAAAUUAAUUUCACGCAGCAAUUCUCGUAAUCGUUCGACGGUUUCUCCAAACAAUACGAAUUCCGAUAGCUCACCGAACGAUACGAACACGAUAGCAAAUGGUACGAUCACGUCAACGGGACCGGAACAACCGUCGGACAAUUCCCUCUGGCGCAUCAUCGGCAAACGGACCCUCCAAUGCAUCUUCUGCGGCAUCGGCUUCCCGGAUCAAACGUUGUACUUUUUGCACAAGGGAUGCCACUCGGACGCGAAUCCUUGGAAGUGCAACAUUUGCGGGGAGCAGUGCUGCAACGUAUACGAAUUCAAUUCCCACUUGCUGAGUAAGAGUCAUCAGUGACAAUAGGUGAAAAACUCGAUCGAUUAUCAGCGUUAUGGAUCGGUCGAGUUUUUCUUCAUUACAGGUAACAAAAAAGGAGAAUUAACGAGUUCCUUGUUGGGAUGGAUGAAUGAUAUUUUUUUUGGGAUACAGUUUAGUGCCUUCUUAUAGUGAUAUGAUGAGAAUUUUUUACAUUCCACUGUUUUUUAUAAUUGAAAAUGUAUAUAUUCGGUCUUUGAAUGAACAGUUCAAAAGUUGAUAUUUUACUUGUUAAGGAAAUUGAAUUAGUAGGAUAAUAAUUGCAAUCGGUGCUCACUGCAAUAUUGAUGACCUUUAUAAGGUUCGGCUCAUUGAAUAAAGAAAAUGGCUCAAUUUUUCGUUACGUUUUAACGUUUGGUGUUUUAUACAGUGUUCCUGGAAAUAUUUCUUUUUUUUUUCAAACUUAUGCCUAGUGGAAUCUUAGGUGUAAACAUUAAAUAAAAACGGUUGUACGAGGUUUGUCCGGAAAAUACGUAUAAAAGUGGAAUAAUAUUUUUAUUGUACAAUUAUUCAGAAAUUUCAGUAUGGUCUCCUUCAAAGUACUCCCCCUAAGACAAGAUGCACUUUUGCCAACGCCGCGCCGUUUCCACUGUUGGUAUGAUCGCUUGAAGUCUUCAGAUGUUAGGCUCUUCAAUUGCCGUGUCGUUUCUGACUUGAUGGCUUCCACAUCACCCAAGUGCCGCCCCCGAAGCACCAUUUUGCAUUUGAGGAACAGAAAAAAGUCACAAGUCGGGUGAAUAAGGCUGGUGUUCUGUCACAAUGAUUCAGCUCCUAGUCAAAAACUCAUGCACAACGAGAGAUGUGUGUGCAGGCGCGUUGUCGUGAUGAAGGAUCCACUUGCCCCCUUGAGCCAAAUCCGGCCGAACUCUAGCCACACGAGCUCUGAGACGACGCAAAACUUCAACGUAGAAAUUCCCGUUCACUGUCUGGCCGGGAGGAACAAAUUCCUGGUGAACAAUGCCCCGAGAAUUAAAGAAAACAAAAAACAUUGUUUUCACAUUGGACCUUGAUUUUCGCGACUUUUUUGUUCUCGGAUCUCCUGCUUGCUUUGAGAUUUCAGCUUCACGUCGAAUUCGUAGAACCAUGAUUCAUCUCCAGUGAUGACCCUAUCAAGAAACUCGCCCCUGUUCUCUGCCUCCAUCCAAUCCUGACAACAACCAACCCUCCUUGCUUUUUGAUCUGGAGUCAAGAUCUUGGACGAUUGUUUUAGGUAUUGACAGUUCCUCAGCUACCAUCCUAACUUUCAAUCGACGGUCAUUAAGGACACAACCACGAAUUCGUUCAACGUUUUCCUCAGAAGUCGAUGUGGAGGUGCGUCCUGACCGUUGGUCAUCUUUCACGUCUUCUCGGCCUUCCCGAAACCUUUUCAACCACUUGUUGACAGUUGGUUCCUUUAGAGAAUUGUCUCCGUAAACUUGUUUCAAACACUCGAAAAUUUUACGACCAUUCUUGCCUAGCUUGGCAAGAAACUUGAUGUUAAUUCGCUGUUCCUCAAUCAGACAGAGUUCCAUGCCGACGGCAGGUAGAAAAAGGGUUACUUUAAACGUGUAAACGUAAAUUCGCUAUAACUCGCAGAGCGCUGUGGCUCGAACUGAGCGUUCAGUGGAUGGUAUAGAGAGAGGAAACCGCCGCACAGUAUUGCAACUUAUAGGGAAAUCAGGACAAAAAUCAUUAUCACUAGAUAAAAGUUAAACUAACCACUUUUAAAUUUUUAUUUAUACAUGAACACUUUUACCAACAACCUAUCAAAUUAUAGUUUGAAUAGAAAUUGAUGUCUUUAUACAGGGUGAAACAAACCAAGACAAAAAUCAUUAUCUAAUUAAAAGUUAAAGUAACCAAUUUUUUGGUUUUAUUUAUAUAUGAAUACUUUUACCACAUAAAAGUAAAAGCACAGAUGUAAAUAGCUCCGUGCGGAGCUAUUUACAUCUGUGCUUUUACCAACAACCUAUCAAAUUAUACAUAGUUUGAAUAGAAAUUGCAGGGUGAAAAAAAAAGAAGUUAUUUACAACACUAAACAUCUUCGGGUACAUUAUCAUUUUCAAAAAGUAACGAAUCUGUUUCUAUAUGGUCAUUUAAAUAUUCUACAAUAUCCAUAUCCCACGUUAUGGGUUUGUUUUGUUUUUUUGACAGAUUUCUAAGAUAAGCCAAGUUAGGGUCGGAAGUUAUCAAAAGGGUUCUAAUGAGGUCUGUAUUGCUUGGAAUUCUCGAUACUUUUCGUGUGUGAUGUAAACGAAUUUUUCUAAAUUCUUUGUGUCUGGCUUCGAGAGCAUCUUCUGCCAGCUGCCCUACAGGGAGUUGAAAAAGGCUAAUAAUUUCGCAACCGUGCGUUAAAAUUUUAUGAACAGUACUAGGCAUGUAGUACCAUUCAUAAAAAUUUAAAUAAAUGCUCCUAGAAUCAAUAAGUAAGGACUGAAAUUUAGGUACGUUAAUCUUAGAACCUGAAGAAAGUACUCUUAAAAUUAAUUGAAAGUUUUUAAUUAGAGUUGAGUCGAUACCUGUUAUUUCAGAGCUAAUUUCUACGUUUUUAAAAAAUGUCCUGGCAGUAUUUCCAUCAUUUGUGGAACCAUACCCGGGCUUUGGCUUAUCGACAAUUAAUCCCAAUUUGUCUUUAAAUUCUAACUGAAUUCUUUUUUUUGUAUUUUCAAAAAUUUCCUUACUUUCACCACCUUUUACUUGCCACGUUUUUUGUAAGCGGUAGGCGAUGUGCAAUACACACUCAAAAAAACGAAUCCAGCAAUGAAGUGUCGAUAGGCCAAAGCGAUAGUUUUCAGCAUUUGGUGUUCUUUGAAGCACUGAGUCCUGGUUCAUUUGCCUUGGUGUGGCUCCACAAAUAAUGCACCUGGAUGUAGAACAGGUUUCUGAAAGGAUAUUGGCCACACUACCGUCAAACAUAGUGAAUAACAUUUCGUAAGAAACAUUUAAAUUUUUUUCUGAAAUAAAAAGAUGGUAAUUAUUAAGAUUAGUUAUUAAUGACUCAAUUUCGCCAUGAACGGUUCGAACAACAUAUAAAGUUUCUUUUGUAAAUUUAAAUGCAAUUGGUCGACAAUAUUGAUGUUGAUGAUGAUGGAACUUAGACCAUAUACUUUCUCCAUUUUUAUUAUCAAUUAAUCUAGGAGGAACUAAUGCGACAAGAAAAAUGUACUCAUCUGUUGACAAACUAUCUUCAAAUUUUUGCUUAUAAAGACUAGUGCGAUAGCUCGGAAAACAGUUUGUAUGCAAAGAAUUAAUCUUAGAACGCAGUAUGUUAUAUCUCUCAACCGAAAGGUUUAGGUCGUGGUAAAGUGCUAAGGCGUCUUCAGGUGUUAAUUUUUUUGCCUCUGAAGGAAUUUCCUUUCGUUGAGAAUUAAUCCUCUCUGCCGCAAAACAUGUCUUCUGGCGUAUAAUUUGUCAACAACUCUUGUACUCUGCGCAAUUUGGUUCUUUUUGAUGCAGCUUCAAAAGGCACAUGCGGUCUUCCACGACUAGGUCUUGGUUGAGGAUCCACUUCCAUGUCAGUUGCUUCAGUUGGAAUAUUUGGUUGAAGAAAGGGUAAAUGAAGAGUGCUUUGUAACCAUGUCGGAUGUUUUUUAGGAAAAGCUUCUCGGCGUCUUUCAUAAUUGUUCCACAUUCUUUCUAAUGAAACAGAAAAUAGCUUGCUGCUAUUUAGCAGCUUUGCUUCAAUGUCAGUUGAACAAUUAUCUAAUGCAAAAUAAGUUUUAAUUGUUUUCAUUAUUCCUGAUGCCUUUUUAUUUUUUCGCAAUGUAUUAAGUAUGGUUUUUUCUAAAAAACAAAAAUUCCGCAUUAUUCCGCAAAAAGUGAUGGAUGUCAUUUAAAAGCAAACACUUUGGAGGAUUGAUCCUAAAAAUUUUAUGAAACAACUUUAAACUGAAAAGGGUAUUUUAACACUUUUAAUUAUAUAUCUGCAAAAGGCUUAACAUGAAAAUGAUAACUUACCUUCGAAAAUGUUGUUCAUACUUAAGUGUACAAAUUAAAAAUAUAUUAACUUUAAAACACUAGUGCAUACUACAACAAUUUUAUUUUAAACUAAACUUCUAAAAAUAACCACAAAUGUAGAAGUGAAGUAUAGCGGGUUAAGGACAGAAAUCAAACCUCAAGAUUUUCAAAUCUUGAGGUUUGAUUUCUGUCCUUAACCCGCUAUACUUCACUUCUACAUCUAUUGGAGGGACCUUAAUUUUUGUACCAUGAAUAACCACAAAUCUUUAUUGGUAUAAAAUGUUUUUAUUAUCCAAAAAUUUCCGAAUAAAAAAAGUUAAAGGUACCUGCCUUCUCUUACUCGGGUAUUUUGCUAAACAUAACACCAAUAAUGUUUUAAAAAUUAAAUACUUUAUUUGUGCGUUUUUGUCCAUUGGUUGCAACACUGUGCGCCGGGCCCCUCCUCUACGCGUAGAUACGACGCCACGAACAUUUUAUACGUACUUUCUGUACAAAGCUCGUAUACAACAAAUUAAAAAAAAAAAACUAACACGAUUGCCAAAAACAGAAUAUACUCAUUCUCGCUUUUCGCAGAACUUUUUUUUUGUAGGACUUUUUAAAAUGGUUGGAAUAAGAUCAUCUGGAAAUAGAUACAAGAUCUACAGUCUCGUUCAUAAAUUCCUUACAAUAUGCAAACAGUGAGUAAACUCCAUGCAGUAAGAAUCGUGCAAAUUCAUAAAUUAAAAACGUAGCAAAAUUCAUGCUGUCUUUGUUUCUGAAUAUUACUCUCUCUAAAAUCUCUGUCCAAUAUCAAACAAGAUAAUACAAACAUGGCCUACCUUUUAUUAUUGGUUAUAUUGGCGAACAUUGCCGAUCACUUACGAUACCGCAAGUAUGAGGCAAGAAUUGAGAUUGAACCAUUUCAUGCUUCUUCCUUCUUACUGCUUACCGUACGGAACAUAUGAACUGGGCUUAACAAAUAGACAAUAACGAAAAAGACAAAAUCUAAAGCUUAAAAAAUGACCGCUAACUUCCGCCAUAGUAAAUUUAAAUAAUUAAAAUAUAGACUGUAUGGCAUUCCUCGAUUAAGUCCUAUUCAAUAACAGCAUAUUGGUUAAAAUUAUUAAUUCAGCAACUUAGCCUCUAGCGUAGAAUAUACAUAAAUAUAUGGCGUUAGGUAAAACAGGAUAGUGUCCCAUUUUACCUAACUGCGCAAAUUUUCACGUUAAAAAAAAUUGUGUAAUAUUCACGUAUCUUUCAAAAUACAGCUAAAGACUUACAGGAUCAUAAAAAAAUACUCUCCUUUACUUAAGCGGCUUUAAUUCAAGAAAUUCAUAACUCUACACUAACCAAGCAAAAUACCGUAACCAGGUUUUUUCGAACUGUCAUUUGUCACUACAUUACAAAAUUAAUAAAAAUCUCCACGGGGCUUCCGCGUCACCUUUCACCCAGUCAACACGUGGUUGUUCUCUCCCUUUUCCUUUCCCUCUGAACCAAUUCCCAGGCCUCUUCCCAUCCCUGGCUCCUCAGUAUACAUAUACGAAUGUUAUUUUUAGCCAUUAACACCGCUUAUUUUGAGAAAAGAAUCGGUAUCCUGACAUCCUGUUUUGACCAACCUUCUGCUAUCCUGUUGCCUGGAUUAAAAUUGAGUUAAUACUAAUAAGAGUUUUAACAAUCCUUUGAAUUCAACAAUAAUGAAUAUUUAUGAUCCAUGUUUUCUUUUAAGUCCUAGUCUUUAUGCUACAUUUCUUAAACAAAAGUAAAACUAUUAACGAUCAUUUUAACAUUUAUGAGUGUAAAAAUUAUAUUUAAUAAGAAAUACCCCCUUUAUUAACUAAAAUAGUAGUUUGUGUUAAAAAAAAAUAAAUAUUUUAGGGCACACUGUAUAAAAACAUCGAUAAACAAUAAUAAUACCGCUGUUUUGCCUUAAAAAAGAAAUCAUAUAACUGAGAAAUGCCCUUAAGGCAUUUACAUUUGACCACAUUCCUCUUGAAGUGAUUGUGCUAACCUGAAAAGACUCAGUUCUAUGGGCAUAUAUACAUAUAAUAUCAAAAGAAACAAUAUCCGUCCAAGAAUAUAUUGUUGAAUUUAAAAAGAUAUAAAUCUAUAUGUAUUUAAAAUUAUAUACACUUUAUACAUAACUAUUUUAGACUGUAGGAUUUAUAAAGACUUUGCGUUGUUACAGUUGUUAUAUAAAUGAAAUAUAACACGAAAUAUAGGAUUUAUUUUGUUGAAAUUGUAUAUAUACAUAAUAUAUUAUUAGGACCUUUUUACCUAAGGCGCUAUAGGAAAUUUAAAAAAAACAAUUUUUAGUUAGAUAAUAGGCCCUUUUUGGCAGCUAUUUUUUAUUAUUUGUAAAUGUUUAGGUGUAUAGUUUUAGUUCAGUGCAUUCCACUCACGUACACACAUUUGUAUAAUUUGUUUUCUUCUAUUAUUAUUAUUAUAUAAAUAUCUUUUUUCUUUGUUAUACAUAUUAUUUGUGCAAUAAGUAUGUGUAUUUUGUUAUAGUUUUAAGAAUCAACCGGUUGUUUCUUUUGCGCAAAUAUUGCCACAUUCCAUAUCGCAUUUCCACGUUUGUAAUAAUUUUUGUUAUACACAUUUUUGUACCUAUGGAUAUAUACAUAAAUAAUAUUAGACCGUAUUUAUUUUUUAUUUAUCGUUCUUAUGUAUACAUAGUUUUUUUUGUAAAAUAGUCUGUAAUAUUGAUUUUUUUUUGCGGUGAAAGGGUUAAUAAAGAUUUAUUUUUUAUUUAAA